CCGUAUCUUCUUUCCCUCAGUUGCUGCAAAGCUUAGCUCAGCUCAGCUCUGAAAAUCUGAUCAUUUUAUAUUUUGAUUUAAAAAUUUUGCUUCCAAACUAGUUUCGGUGUGUGUGUGUGUGAGAGAGAGAGAGAGAGAGAGAGGUUAUUUUCAUAAGACGAGGAUUUUGUACUCAUCUUUAGAAAUUGAAGAUAAAUUGAUUGAUUGUUUGUUUCUUGAGUGUGUAGCUGGUUUCCAAUUUUAAGCGAAGGGGUGGCUUUGAGGCUUAAGAGUGCUUAUUAGAGUUCAAAUAUGAUGUUUCAAAACGGAUGUUCCACGUUCAAAUCAAUCAGCAGAAAAGCUUCAUUUUAUGCACUGUUUUGUGCAUGAUAUUAUUGGUUCUAUUUGCACACUAAAACAAGAGAGUCAACGACCGGCAUUGCUUAACUGGGAUCCGAAGAAUCUCUGCUUAUUUUUUCACCUUUUGGAGCUGUUCUUACACUAUUUUGACUUACUGAUUUGAAGGCUAAAAAAGCAAUGCUAGUUUGUGACAGAUAAUGAGGUCUUGUUUGGAUGUUGUGUCCUUUUCCAUUUUGACAAACAGUGUUGUUGAUUCUCUCUGUAAAGUUUUGUAGGAGAGCAAGUGAGUUUUUUGGCAAAAUUGUGCCAGUGGAAUCAGCUUCUUGCUUUUUGAGCCAAAACGAUAUCUAGAUCCUCAAGGUUUCUGGGUAGUGGGUACUACCUGCGGAUCAAGAAGACAAAGGAAAAAAAAGACAGCUUGUGAAAUGGGUUUGUAUUUUUUGACGAAUACUUGAGGAAUUUAGGGAAAUGGUGAAAACGUUCUUGUCAAUGAAGGUGUGUCUGCUUCUGCUGUGACUGGAAGGGGCAUGGUUUUGUUGUUGGUGGUACAUGUCUUUGAAACCAACAUGGUGGGGGCGGAGCAAUAAUGCAUAAAAUGUUUGUUUUACGGCUUCUAUUUCUUGCCUGCAUAACCGCAGGGCUUUACGAGCGUUAACAAUUUGAUCUGUUAAAGAAACAAAGAGGGUUUUUUAAUACAUUUCGGGGUGGUAGUGAUGAGUAAAGAGCAAAAGAGAGGAAAGCAAGAGAAAGGCGGCUCCGAUGUCGCCGAGAAGGUUGUAGUUGCAGUCAAGGCAUCCAAGGAGAUUCCUAAGACUGCCUUGGUGUGGGCUUUGACUCACGUCGUGCAUGCUGGGGACUGCAUUACUCUGCUUGUUGUUGUUCCGUCACAGAGUUCAGGUCGAAAGUUAUGGGGUUUCCCUAGAUUUGCAGGGGAUUGUGCCAGUGGUCACCGGAAGUCUCAUUCAGGAGCAACCUCAGAGCAGAAGUGCGAUAUUACAGAUUCAUGCUCCCAGAUGAUCCUUCAGCUUCAUGAUGUUUAUGAUCCAAACAAGAUCAAUGUGAAGAUAAAGAUUGUUUCUGGAUCACCUUGUGGUGCAGUGGCUGCAGAAGCCAAGAAGGCACUAGCCAAUUGGGUUGUAUUAGACAAACAGCUAAAGUACGAGGAAAAACUCUGUAUGGAAGAACUACAAUGCAACAUAGUCGUUAUGAAACGUUCCCAGCCAAAGGUUCUUCGAUUGAAUUUGGUUGGAUCAUCCAAGGAAGCUGAAAGUGCAGAUCAAUUGCCUUCUGAACUAGAUGAAGCCUCUGAGGAACACAAAAAAAAUAAAAAUGAUUCUUCAGAUUCAAUUCGAGGACCGGUUGUGACUCCAACAAGCAGUCCAGAGCUAGGGACACCAUUUACUGCCACUGAAGCUGGAACAUCAUCAGUGUCGAGUGAUCCUGGAACUUCUCCAUUUUUUCCCUCGGAAACAAAUGGAGACCUGAAGAAAGAGGAAUCAUUAAUCAUUAAGGAAAAUAGGGAUGUUGAUGAAUCUAGUUCUGACACAGAUAGUGAACAUUUAUCAUCAGCUUCCGCAAGUUUGAGGUUUGAACCAUGGAUAGGAGAAUUCAUUAGUUCUCACAUUCAAUCGUCACGACAUAUGGAGGAAGGCUCACAGAGAAGUAUUAGUAUGGCUCAAGAAUCAACAACUAAAGCUUUGCUAGAGAAGUUUUCAAAACUUGAUAGACAAAUCGGAGCAACAUCCGACUACAGGAAGGAUUUAGACUUAAGCGGAAAUGUGAGAGAAGCAGCAGCAUUAUCCAGAAAUGCGCCUCCUGGACCCCCUCCUUUGUGCUCAAUAUGCCAACACAAGGCGCCUGUGUUUGGAAAACCACCAAGGUGGUUCAGCUAUGCUGAGUUGGAGCUUGCAACUGGUGGAUUUUCUCAAGCUAAUUUCUUGGCAGAGGGUGGGUUUGGAUCUGUUCACAGGGGUGUAUUGCCAGAUGGCCAGGCAGUUGCUGUCAAGCAACACAAAUUGGCUAGUUCACAGGGGGAUCUUGAAUUUUGCUCAGAAGUUGAAGUCCUUAGCUGUGCUCAGCAUCGGAAUGUUGUUAUGCUGAUUGGAUUCUGCAUUGAAGAUAAACGGAGGUUGCUGGUGUACGAAUAUAUAUGCAACGGGUCACUUGAUUCUCAUCUUUAUGGGCGUCAUCAGGAGCCAUUGGAGUGGUCUGCACGCCAGAAGGUUGCAGUGGGAGCUGCUAGAGGAUUGCGCUAUCUUCAUGAAGAAUGCAGAGUAGGUUGCAUAGUCCACCGUGACAUGCGGCCAAACAAUAUCCUCAUUACCCAUGAUUUUGAACCACUGGUUGGGGAUUUUGGUCUCGCAAGGUGGCAGCCUGAUGGAGAUACAGGUGUAGAAACAAGAGUCAUUGGAACAUUUGGGUAUUUGGCUCCAGAAUAUGCCCAAAGUGGCCAAAUAACUGAAAAGGCCGAUGUUUAUUCAUUUGGGGUUGUAUUGGUUGAGCUUGUUACAGGAAGGAAAGCAGUAGAUCUUAACCGGCCCAAGGGCCAGCAGUGUCUCACUGAAUGGGCACGGCCACUGUUGGAGGAGUAUGCCAUAGAUGAACUGAUUGACCCACAGCUAGGGAACCGCUAUUCAGAACAGGAGGUUUACUGCAUGCUUCAUGCAGCAUCAUUAUGUAUACGGCGAGAUCCUCACUCUAGGCCUCGCAUGUCACAGGUUCUCCGCAUACUGGAAGGUGACAUGCUAAUGGAUGCAAGUUACUCAUCAACACCUGGAUAUGAUGUGGGAAACCGGAGUGGACGGAUUUGGGCAGAGCAGCAGCAGCAGCAACAUUAUAGUGGUCCACUGUCAAGUGAGACAAUGGAAGGGUUCAAUAAGCUCUCAUUGGACACACUAAGGCCAGUGUUCUGGCAAAGGGAUAAGGGCAGAUAGAUUUCAAGUGAAGAUGAUUUGUGAACAGUUUAAUCCAUUGCCAAAAAACAUACGGUAUGCUAAAUAUGCCACUGGCUCAUUUUGUGUUUUGUAUUUGGUUUUUGCCUUCAAUAUUUUGGUUCAGAUCCAUCUAAGAUUUUGCUUUGAAUAUUUUGGUUCAGAUCCAUCUAAGAUUUUGCUUUGUAUAGAAGGGUAGUAGGGUAGUAAUGUUGUGUAAUUCUUUAGUAAAUGAUAGAAACUGAUAUUAAAUACUUUUUAAUGAAUACUCUUUUGAAUCAA